AAGGCACAUAGGGCUUUGCAGGAAGCAACUGCUGUUCGUGCUUGCUGGUUUCGUGCUGGUUGGUGUUCCAUGUGACCUUGCAAAGUUAAAUGCCAAUUAGGUCUUGCAGUAUGUCAAAGGAGAUAAAGGUGGGUGUUUAUCAGCCUUUUCAGAAGAAUGGCAGACUUCUGUCGGACCCUUUACAACUAUUUGGGACUCAUCUGUGAAUGAACAGAUUGAGAAUGAACAGUCUCUGAAUGAGCAGAAUUCACAGCCGUUGAAAUAAAAAGAGGGUUUUUUGGACUCGUGUGCUUUUACUGUAUCAGGAAGCCUAGGUCAGAACAAAGUGAACACACUAUGCAAUUUUGGGCUGCAUAAAACCCAUAACCCACCAAGUUAAAGUUCUAAGAACAAGAUCUUAGUAAAUUGCCAUCAAACAUAACUCAUAUCCAAGAAGACUGGAGCAACCAGAUUAUCAGAAGAAUGUUUUUCUUCAGCUGUUAGAAGAGUUUGAGUCUGUUGUAGUAACUGGAAGUUAAGAUCAUACCAAAUGAAUUAACCUGAGACAGUCAUCCUUGAAAGAGAUGUUCAGCAUUUGAGAAUUAUAUAAAACUACUUGAAUUUAUGGAUAGAAUGGCGAAAAGCAGAUCCAGAGAUGCCUACAAUUAAAUAUAUACUUAUUCUGUACUUCGCCAAAAAAAGGACAAUUGUGAAAACAAUAUUUUUUUUAAAAAAAAAAACUAGAACUCAAGAUCUGUAACUGCUAGGAAGUGGAGGUUUUUCAUAGUUGAUAUUAGUCUAUCACAAGGUGAAUCAACUGUCAAAAUAUCAGGUCCCAAGAAAUAAAGGCAAGAAUGACGAAUUCAGGAACUCCACUUGAAGAGUAGUAAGAAGCGGAUAAAAACAUGGUACUGAAGAAUCAACGAAAUCUUGCUUUCCAACACAAUCCUUUAUCACAGUUGCCAUUCCAAUCCAAAGAACUUUGGGCAACUUACAAAAAAUAAAAUAAACGCCCAAAAUAGAAACGCAACUACCAGUUGAAUAGAAGAUCAGCAUCUUAAUAAUGAAACCCUAGGUGGCUGGGGAAGAAUGUUUUAAGCCUUCUCCUGAUCUUGUCAUAGGGAAGAACUAAGACCCAAAACCAACAGCCUCAAAUAUUCUCCCAGUGGAGAUCUUGGGUUGGUUUUAAAGACACCUGAGGCAUUUUCAGAAAGGGAUGUCUUACUGGCCUAACCAUGCAGAAGAAUAGAAAAGAGAACGAAGAAGUUGGCCAUCCACACAAAUGGCCAGGCUGAGAUUAUUUUACUUCAGACACGUGAUGCAAAUCUCUGGAGGAGGCUCUGAGGCUGGGGAAGGAAAGAGAAGAAAAGGACCACCAGCAGCAAGCAAAGAGCCUUGCUGGUACAGUGGUCUAAGCACCCUGUCAUUAACACAGCUGCCUGCAAUUACUGCUGGUUCGAAUCUCUCCAAGGCUCAAGGUUGACCCAGCCUUCCAUCCUUUCUAAGGUAGGUGAAUUGAGGACCCGGUUUGUGGGGGCAAUAAGCUGACUUUGUAUAAAUAUACUGUUGGAAGAAACAUCCUUCUAGGUUCUGCUCCAAGUGGGGAAAAGGACACUGGAGACAUGGAGACUGCUUGGAAAGAUGGUUUAAUGGUGGACAGCAUCACAUGGCUUGAGUUCCUGAACAGAAAAGGGGCAGAUACAGUAAAUCCUCGGGGUUUUAUGCUCUCUCUGGCUCUGAACUUCCUGGGGCCCAGAAAGAGUAUCCUGAUUGGUUGUCAGACUCCCAGGGGGUGGGGGCCUUGCUGGCUGAUGGUCAUAUGUGCUUCCCAGGUCACAUGUGAUGAGUUUCUGCUGAUAUUCUGUAGAGAGCUAAUCCUAUCUUUGUUGGAUCUUUGGAAAUUCCUACUAUGGCUCUGCCUGAAGGAGGCAGAUCUUUGUUAUGUAGAAUAGACUGGCCCAGGCCUUAAUGGCCCAUUGACAAAGGGUGGGGGCAGGAAGGUGGGAGCUGCUUUGUCUGUAAAAUAUGCUUCUCCAUUUCUCAUCCAGGGAAAUAUAAUAUUCUGCCUUUUUCAUAUUUCCUAAAAUAUUUCACUCUUCCAAGAAAGAGGUGGGUGCUAACUUCCUACAUAUACAAAAGGAUGAAGGCUAUUGCUUAACGCAUUGUAAGCCACCCUGAGUCUCCGGAGAAGGGCGGCAUAUAAAUCAAAUUUAAAAAAAAAAAAAGGCGGGAUGGACUCAGCCACCAGUCCACGACCUGAUCAUCCUGGAGAAAAUCUAUGUGGCCACUAAAAAGUCUAAAACCACCGUCGAUGGCAUCGAAUCAAUCAAAUCUGGAGUUUCUGCACAGUUCCUCAAUCCAACUCGGCCAAGAUCAACCCUGGUUCGUUUCUUAGAUCCGCCGGGCGAAGCCAAAUGCCCCCCCCGGGACGAGCCCAGCAGCUGCUCCCAAACCAGGAGAAGCCACAACUGCAGCGCUGCUUCAGGCUCCACCGAGACCCCCUCCCUGGACAGGCAAAGCUUCCCAGAUGGCUUCUCCGCCCUCCCCACCUUUUCUUCCCAAUUCCUCGGGCUGGGGUGGGGGCAGAAUCUCUCCCAAAGCAGCUCAGGUUUCAGGAUUUCCCAUUAAGGAACAAAGGCGCCUCCGGGAGGCGGAGAAACUCCGGCUCAACCCCCCCCCGCCCCUCCCCAAGCCCGGGGAAAGGAGGGGGCGCGUCCCCGGCCCCUUGCAAGCCGGCAAGCGGAGCAUCUGCAGCCUUUUGUCUCUGCCCGGCGCCCGGCAGGUCAGGCGGAGGAAGCCCCGGGCGCUGCUUGGAGCCAUGCAAGAGCCGGAGGCGAACUGCAGCGAGAGCCGGCGGCUGCAGCGCCUCCUGGGCCGCCUGUGGCAGGAGCUGCGCGGCGGGGGCGGCGGGGGUCCCGGCCCCAGCGCUUCUUCCAGCCCCGCCGCGCGGCCCCCGGCGGAGGACGACGCCUACCUGUACAUUCUGCUGAUCAUGAUCUUCUACGGCUGCCUGGCCGGCGGGCUGAUCCUGGCUUACACGCGCUCGCGCAAGCUGGAGUCCAAGCACGACCCCUACCAUCUCUACAUCGAGCGCGACUGGGCGGCGGGCGGGGGCGGCAGCAGCGGAGAGAGCGAGCCCCUGUGACGGGUUGGGGGAGGCAGCGAGCCCAACCCCGGCCCCAGGACCCCAGCCUUCCUGGGACUCCAAGGGGGGGGCUUCAGGGUUCAACAGGACCCCCACUGUCUUUCCAAGCCUCCCCCCCAGGAAUUGCCAUGGCCCGAAGCGGAGACGCAGCAUCAGAGAGCCUGUAAAGAAAGUGAACAGGUUGGGAUGAAUCUGGCUCUUUCACCCACUCCCUCCACCCCACAAAUCCUGGGUGCCUUGGAAAGAAGAGAACCCCCCCUCCCCCAGAUUCUGACUGCUUCCAACCCAACCUGGUUGCUUUGUCUGGCUCUGCUCUGCAAAAUAGGUGAGUUCUCCAGCCAGCCCUGCUCAUCCGUCGGGGUUCGGUUUUUUAAGGUGGCUUUGGCCGCCCAAUGUCUUCUGCAAUGGAUUUUGGCUAAGGAGAAAACCCAGCGUGAAACCACAGGUGACUGACUCGCUCUUCUUCAUCCCUCCUGGCAGCUGCCAGGGCUGGGUUUUGUCAAAGGAGGCCGAAAGAGGCCACGGCUGCAUCCAGAGACUGGGAGGAAAUUCAGAGGCUUGAUGUCACCUUGCAAGAGAGCCAGAGCCUUACAGUUCCAAAGGGUGCCAUUGUUUUUUUGCUUUCACAAUCUCAAAUCAAUGCGUCUCUCUCACAGAAGGCAGGUCAGCAUCUAUUUAAGGCAAGAGUGGACCAGCUCCAGUGUUGAGGAUUUCAGAACCCUGUGAUGCUGGAUUUCAGAAAACACAAGCAUUCAAAUGUUCCCAAAUAAUCAGAAAAGGACAUUCUCAAGAUCUCAGGAUAAGACUAAAGCAGGACUGUUAAGCGUGGUUUAAGAGCUGUCUCAAGCCUCAUCCAAGAUUCCCCUGCUGGAUUCAGUUGGCUUCUCAUUGUUAAAGGUUUUAGAGGAAAAACUUAGGUAUGGGAGGACAUACACAGGUAUGAGAAGAUGGAAGGAUCUGUUUGAAAAGUAGGGCUGAUCCAAAGCCAAACCUUUAGGAUUUUGUGUUGUGGCAGUACCUUACUUAUGCUUCAAACAAUAUUCCCCAACCUGGGUGGUGGCAACUCCCAGCAGAUACAUCUAGGGCAGUGGCCCCCAACCUUUUGGGCACCAGGAACCAGUUCUGUGGAGAGAGGUUUUCCUCAGACCAGAAGGGGUGUGGUUUCACGUGCUGCCUGCAUCCUACGGAUGGAACUUUGCUUGUUUGCACGGCCCAGUUUCUGGCAUGCUGUGGACCGGUGCCGAUCCAUGGACCGGAGGUUGGGGACCCCUAGUCUAAGGCAUUGGGGCAGUAUAAAGAAUUGACCUAAAGAAAUUGCUGGCUCCUAGUCCUAGUCCUUUUCUCUGCACAAUUUAAAGUGAUGGGAGUUAGUUGCCAAUUGCUUCACUGCCAGGUCCCAGGUAAAGUCACGUGCCGUUGGGGAAGGAGAUCUUUUCAUCUCUGGAUCUUCUCUUUUGGAAUUGGGUAGUUAGGAGAUUCAUUUAGUGUCCAUAUUAUGAGAUGGUGGUAUACUGCGGGCAUUUUAAACAAGGGUGAAACUUUUAAUUCCUAGGGCGGUGUUUUUCAACCUCAGUAAUGUGUGGACUUUUAACAACUCCCAGAAUUCUCUAGCCAGCGUGAGAUUGAGAAACAGUGCCAUAGUCUAUUUCCAAUCCAUUUUGCAGAAUUGUGUGGAUGAAUUUAUUAGUCACACACAUAAAGGGGAUUGGGCUCUCACAUCUCAUCUUAACAUUCUGUCCUCUUAUCAUUCAUAGCCUGAAAGGGGUCCUGCCUACUGGAAUGGGCCAACUCACUGUGGGACAAUUGAUUAAUUAUUUAAAAUAAUUAAAACAUUAUUUUACUUUUUAGCAUUCACUUUACAUUUUGUUCCUUCUUUUGCAUCCUUUCUUUAAUGAUUCUAUUCCACCAUUUUUUCAAUAUUAGUGUAAAUCUUGUUCCAUGACAAGCUGGUCAUAGCAAAUUGUCCCAUGGUGAGUUCGCCAUAGCUGUCCCAGACCCCCUACCCACUUCCGUUUUUGGUGAUGGUGAUGCUGAUUUUCUUCUUGGUUAUUUUGCAGCCAGCAUUUUUUUUUUAAAAAAAAGAUUUUCAGAUGAUCAUCAAAUCCUAUAAGCAGUAUUUCAGUGGAGAGGCGAUUUCUGUAAUGAACCAAUUUUAAUCAAAUAGACUUUUAAGAUUAAAGAUUUUAAUCAAAUCUUUUGCUGUUUAAUUUAGCAAAGGUGUUGUCUUUGGUCUAAAAUGAAAUGAUAAAUGCUAUGACUUUGUUAACUAGGAAGUAGAGCUAAUGAAAACAAUUUCCAUCUUUUAAUGAUUUUUGAGAGGUAGAUUUCCAGUACAAAUAAAAUAACAUUUACAUGAA